UUUUCUCUAGUUUAAUACAAGCCCAAAAAAACAGUCAAAAACUACAUCAAACAAUAAAAUAUUACAGAGUCUAACAGAAAUAAAAGAAAUUCCGAGCAGAAUGUCGUUGAACCAAACGGAUGUUGCCUCCAUACGUUUCCUCACGGGAAGCAGCUUUGAGGGCUCCUGGAAUGAAUCGGUGCGCAUGAUGGAUGGCUUCGGUAGCUAUCGUUAUCCGGAUGGCAGCGAGUAUCGGGGUAGAUUCGUUGAGGGCAAAUUCCAUGGCUAUGGGCACCUGAAGCUGACACAACCCUUUCGCUUUACAAUCAAGGGCGAGUUUGAAAGAGGCAAACUGGUGACCAUUGAGGAUAUGUGGUUCAAUGAUGGACUGCACGUACAGGGCAGCUUCCAGGAUGACCAGUUCAUAUGCGAUGAUUGGGACUAUCUGACACCGAGCGAUCGUCGCUAUCAGACGGAGCGUUUCUAUGGCCAGCAGCCCGUGGGCCCCACCGCCUAUUUGACAAGCACAUUACUAGCGCGCACUGUGCCCCAUAAAUGCUAUGAUGUGGAAGAGGGAAUCUUCAAUGCCAAGACCGGCUGGUUGUGCGAGAGAACACCGCCCUUUUCGAAGGCCGUCUAUGUGGGCUGUCCACAAGAGAAAGCCUGGAUAAUACGGCAUUGCCGUGGCGAGCGCAAGGAGAAUGUCCGAGAGCCGCUGCCAAGCUUUUGCAGGCAAAUCAUUAACAACAAUCUGGAAACCGAGCUAAGACAACUAAAGGAUAUUACUAUAUAUGCACCCGACAAGGAGAUUCAACGCGAACGCUACUUCCCCAAGCUGUGCCACGACUCAGCUACAGCGGAUAACCAAACCGCAGAUCAGGAACAGAUACCAUUCACACGCCCUCCAUUCCAAAAAAUAAGAUCGACAACUGAGCUCUGCCUGCUUGCGCGUUUUGCGAAGGAGCAGGAACUAGCCAAGCAGAAACGUCUGUCUGAUAAAUUGCCACCAGCUAGGGCUCGCGUGUGGACCAGCAGCUCGGAUCCACUAAGCGGGGACUCGGGCGCCACGAAAACCAUAUCAAAGAGUCCGUCGGACGUAUCGCUGCACACAAAUGUCAAGACUUUCUACGAUAAUGCAUUCCCGAUGAUACAGAAGAUACCCACAGGUAGCUUACAUGUGGUCCAAUCGAAUAUGAAACGUCCAGGCAGCUUUGUGGACAUAACAGGUUCCGUGUUCGAGCUAUAAAUCCUACCAACAAAUUAAAUUAUGCAUUUAUUAUAAAUUCAAGUAAUGCAUACGACUGAAUAAAUCCAAUAGACUCAUGAA